AGACUCUGAGGAAAGUGGAACAUCUCUCAUUCCUGGAUACUGACUGAACUGAUGCACAGUUUCCUCUCCUCCAGCUCUCUUUGUACAACACGUCAGUCCUUGGACUGACCAUGUGUGUCGGCCAUAAACUAAGGUAGUGACAUGACUCAGGUCUGACCCUGGAGAUGCCGAAGAGACGAGACAUUGUCGCUAUUGUGUUGAUCGUGUUGCCUUGGACACUGCUCAUCACAGUUUGGCACCAGAGCACCAUCACUCCUCUGCUCGCUACUCGAAAGGAUGACAGACGUGAUGGUCGCUCCAACUCCAGGAAUACCUUUGCUUUCAAGGAGUCCUGCUCACUGCACAACCGGGACAUCGUGGAGGUGGUGCGCACUGAGUACGUCUACAGUCGGCCUCCCCCCUGGUCAGACUUCCUGUCCACUAUCCACGUCAUCACUCCCACCUACAGCCGGCCAGUGCAGAAGGCAGAGCUGACACGUCUGGCCAACACCUUGCUCCAUGUGCCGAACCUGCACUGGAUCCUGGUGGAGGACUCUCAGAGGAGAACCACUCUGGUCAGCCGUCUCCUCCUGGAGACAGGACUCAACUACACCCACCUCAACGUGGAGACGCCUAGGAACUACAAGGUACGUGGGGACACUAGAGACCCCAGAAUACCACGUGGUACCAUACAGAGGAACCUGGCCCUGAGGUGGCUCCGCGAGACCUUCAGUGUGAAUAACAGCCAGUCUGGGAUUGUCUACUUUGCAGAUGAUGACAACACAUACAGUCUGGAGCUGUUUGAGGAGAUGCGUUCCACUCGGAAGGUGUCGGUGUGGCCCGUGGCUUUUGUGGGUGGCCUUCGGUACGAGUCCCCUAAAGUAAACACCCUGGGCAAGGUUUACGGCUGGAAGACUGUGUUCGACCCACACCGGCCCUUUGCCAUCGACAUGGCUGGGUUUGCAGUGAACCUGCGCCUCAUUCUGUCCAAACCUCAGGCUUAUUUCAAGUUGCGUGGGGUGAAGGGAGGAUAUCAGGAGAGCAGUUUAUUAAAGGAGCUGGUGACUCUCAGCGACUUGGAGCCUAAAGCUGCUAACUGCACUAAGGUAUUAGUAUGGCACACACGGACAGAGAAGCCUGUGCUGGUAAAUGAGGGCAAGAAAGGAUUUACAGACUCUAACGUGGAGAUAUGACAUACUUCAUCUGACACAGGGGAAGCAUUUCUCCAUGGGAUUCUACCUGGACUCAUUCCAACCUCGGAGCUCCUCAGAGCAAUGGCCAGAGCCAAAAAUAUUAUCACAGCACAGUAGCUGUACUUCAGCACAGCUUAGACAUGGAGGAACACCCGUCCACCCGAGGAGGCAGCACAAAACAAUGUGCAUGUACCGAGAAGAAUAUCAAAGCACAACUGCACAAAAACAAGCCUGCCUGUUCUGUCCAGAGCACUGGACACCGUGAGAAACUGGUAGGAGUUGCCAAAAAGGAGCCCACUGAGGUCUCUUCAACUGAGAUAAAGGAUGUUACACGAUUUAAACUACAGGAAGAGAUGGCACAGCAAGCAAUAAAGAGCCCUCUCAUUGCAGACAACACCAGCCAACCAUCCAAUCAGCAUUAAAUAGGGCCCUUUUGUUCUGAGGCAAGCUGACUGUCGGGCACAGGGCUGCACAGAGGAAUAAAAGGGCUCCUUGUCAUAAGUGAGUCAGCACUGACUGACGGACUGCAAAGGGGGGAUCUGAGCCCUCCCCACUUGUACUGUACAACACUGAGCUAUUUAGAUAGCACCCUGAACCUAGCACUAAUUAGGACUCCUGUUGCUCCACAACACACAUUCACACACGCUCAGCUGGCACACUGCA